AUGGAGCAGGACCAGAAAAAGCUGCAAGGUCUAUCGGAGACCUUGCAGAAGUUCCAGGAUGACCUCCAAACCGCAAUCGAAGCACGUCAACGACUCGAGUCGCAACAGGCAGAGAACAAAGCAGUCCAGAAGGAAUUUAAAGGUUUAGCCGAAGAUUCCGACAUAUAUCGAUUGGUUGGACCAGUCCUUCUAAAGCAGGACAAAUCCGAGGCGAAUAGCACAGUCGAUGGACGACUAGACUUUAUUGGCAAGGAAAUCACUAGGACAGAGACACGAAUUAAGGAAAUCCAGCAAGGCAGCGAGAAGAAGAGGGUCGAAUUGAUUCAGUUACAGCAGCAAAUGCAGAUGGCCGCGCAAGGACAGGUACAAAGUUGA